AUAUAUUAAAUGUAACUUCUUUCGAAGAAUGUUACAUUUUUUAUUUAAUUUAACAUGUAGAAUUCUUCGAAAGAAAGAGCAAAUUAUUCAGUUAUGAUCAGUUUGAUUGAUAUAGAUCAACGAUACCUGCCUGUAAACGCCCCUGAAACACUUUGAUGUCAGUUGACGUAAAAGACCAUGGAUGCUCUUUCAACAUCGCUUAUUUGGUUCCUUCUAAUUGAAUGAAGAUGUUGACGAGGCAUAGUCAAAGUACGUACAGAAUAAAGCAGUCGGCUCAUAAAUACUAGUAUUGCUUGUGUCGUAGUAUCAUACGUUGCAAACCUAAUCAUUAUUAAUUAGUGGCAAAGCCUCUUAUUUCACAAUAUCACCAGAGAGUGAGAGUAUAUCUCGACAUGCGACGAUGUACAUUGAUUGUUAACAGCGAAAACCUGCCAUGCCUGUCUUCUGUGGAGUGAUGUGAAAGCACCCCUUUCCCGGCAUCAUCCAUUAUCAAGUAUCCAGUGUGGCAGUGGACGCUGACGUCGCCGUUGCUUGCGGGUAGCCAGGCUUCUGUUUCACUUUGAUCGGGUCUCGCCGUUGCCAAGGUACAGGAUGCCGAAGGACAAAGAAGAAAAGGAAAGGAAGAAAAUUGCAGAGCUGCGGUCGCGGCUACAUGACAUCCUGAAGGUGGAGUACGAGGACUACGAUCUACGGAAAUGGCUCAAAGCAAGAAGUUUUGAUGUCGACAAGGCGGAGCUGAUGUUCAGAAAUAGCACAGCCUACAAGAAGAAAAUAAAAGUAGAAACCUUGAUGUCCGAGUACGAAAAACCAGAGGUGGUCAAGCGGUACCUGACGGGUGGGUUUUGCGGGCACGACAAGGACGGCUCCCCUAUCAGGGUGGAGCUGUAUGGGCACCUCGACAUGAAAGGUCUGAUGGCGUCGUGUCGGCGGUCGGACCUGGAGAAGACCAAGGUGAUGCAGUGUGAGUGGACUGUGCAGGAAUGGAAACGCAUGGGCGAAAAGCUGGGGCGACGGGUUGACGGACUGACGGUCAUCAUGGACAUGGAGGGCGUCACCACGCGCAUGAUGUGGCGGCCAGGUAUGCAGAUGUACCUGCACUUGGUGAAGGUUCUGGAGGACAACUACCCUGAAAUGUUAAAGCGUCUCUUUGUUAUCAACGCUCCAGCAAUCUUUCCAAUAUUGUACAAACUCGCUAGACCGCUCAUCAGUGACGAGAUGAGGAACAAGAUACACGUACUGGGAAGCAAUUACAAGAACGAUCUGUUAAAGUAUAUAGACGCAGAUCAACUGCCGGCCUUCCUGGGCGGUACUCUUACAGACCCGGACGGUGACCCGAGGUGCAAAACUAUGAUCUGCCAAGGCGGCGAUGUUCCAGAGAAGUACUACCAAGACGUGCGGGCGCUGUACGAGCAGAUGGGGUCCGUCACCAUCGCCGCCGGCACCGUCCAUACUCGCGAAGUCAUUGUCAAUCAGCCUGGUGCAACACUCACUUGGGCGUUCCGGUCGGAGGAAUACGACAUGGGUUUCGGCGUGCAACUGGUGCAGGACAGCGGCAAGGCGCACUUCCUGGUACCGCUGCAGCGUGUCAACAGCCAUUUGGUCGCCGAGGAUGGUGCCGUCGUUUGUGACCAGCCAGGGACAUACAAGCUUGUUUUUGACAACUCGUUCAGCUGGACCCGUGCUAAGAAGGUCUACUACGAGUAUGACAUCAUAGCCGUGGACGCUGAUUACGUCAGGUCGGAAAUCAGCGACCUAGUUGAGGCGGGCGACUGGGACACGCUGGAGCAAAAGUUUGAAACUACGCACUUGUGACGUUAUCGUGCAAAGCGCGAAACUGACAUUGGAAGUGUACGGAGGCCAUAAUGCCGCUGAAUAAGUGACCAGUUACUGGUAUCUGUGGUUAAAAGUAUAAGUGCAAUCCAUUUCGAUUUUCCAGGGAUGCUUACAUUUAAAGAGGAGGGGACGCACUUAAAGUAGUAGAUGCUACCAGUAACAUAACGCCACAAUGUACUUAACGAAAGCCGACUGGCGAUGUCGUUGGCUGGACAGACAGAUUGUGUUAUCUAUCCUGUAUUACAAGACAUAAGUUUCUGCACGUUCUACAUAAUAACGUAGCAACAUUCAAGUACUUUACCUCAAAUCAUCAAUAAUGUUUAUUGAAUCUAGUACUAUUACAUUUUAUUAGAGCACAAAUGCAAUUGUUGCUCACGUAUACUGUCAGUUAUGUCUUUAAAUAAUUACUCGUUUUCUAAUUUUAAUUAUUAUUUUUUUCGUAUAAUAUAGUUUAAAAUUCGGCCAUGACCUAUAAUCUAUGUUGUAUUUGAGCUUUAUUUAUUUGCUGUAAGCGCUUAAUAUUCAUUAUGCUGUAAAAUGUUUAUCAA